CAGGAGGAACUCAAGUUCGAAGAAUAUGAGGGAAUAGGUGAAACGUAACUUACGAUCUGAGGAGAAAAUGCGUCAUUCAUAUUUGCUCACUUUUAUCUUAUUUUUCAUUUCAUUCACGUGUUCGACGACCUUAAAAUUAAGAGCAUGCGUGUGUUCCGACUCAAGCCUUUGCUAUAAUAAGAUCAGGAACUUUACCAGAGAGAAAGUAGUUGUUGCAGAAGGCGAAGCAGACCACUCAAAAUGGCCUUGGUCUGAAAUUACCACAGUCAUUGCUACAAGUGAAGUCCCAAAUAAAAAAGCUCAACAGCUGAUGUGUACUGCUCACAAAUAUAAAGCCAACUUUGCAUUUAUUGAGAAAGUACCAGUUAUUACAAAUACUUCGGAUCCUGAGCUACAGAACUGGCUGAAUAAGGUGGCAGCUAAGAAGGACCUGCUAUAUGUAGAUUACAUAGCUCUAGAUUUGCUGGAUCUGCUGGGACAAUGUACUGCUGAUAGCAGUCAUAUUCAGGAAGUGCUGGAAUUGUUGAAGUACAUGGUUAAAAAUUAUUUUCUUCCUCACAGUGCAGAGCUGCUGUGUAUUGUUCCAUACAAACCUCCCUGCUAUGACGGUGACUGUAGCUUAGCCAAGUAUCUGACUGAGCAUUGUGCUGCUUUUAUCACCAGUCCAGAAAGCUUUAUCACAUGCGAUACCAAUACGAACUGCAUUGCCAAAGCCACCAUGCCAAUGACAAGUUUAGUGUAUGGUGUGGAAGAAUACAUUGACCAUGGCAUUACUCCAGACAAGCUGUUGAUUGGAAUUCCUUGGCAUGGCUAUGAUUACACCUGUAGUAAUUCUUCAGUGCAGAAAAAGACUGGAGGUCAAGAAGCACUGACCUGCUAUUUUGGCAAGAAAGUUAACUCAACUGCCUGUGAUACAUCAAAAAGGAAAAAAGUCAGUGUAGCAGAUAUUAAAGCCAAGUAUCCUGUACAGUACCAGAAUAAAAAGUCACACCACUACCAUCCAAUCUAUAGAUCUGACUACAUUAAUGUAAAAGACAAUGGUGUACAGCAUCAGCUUUGGUACGAAGGACAUGACAGUCUAAUGGACAAAUACAUGUACAUCAGGACCAUGAAGUUUAAAGGAAUGGUCAUUUGGACCGGGGAUGACCUGUCCAGUAAAGGUGUGGGGGAUGACAUGGAAUGGAACUGGAUCCUUCACAGUCUGUUCAGUGAAGGGGAAAUACAGGAACACAACCUGAACAUGGCGGGCACCGUGGCUGGUAUCAGCGUGGGGUGCUUCGUCCUGGGAAGUCUGCUGGGGUUUGCCUUGGGGUGCGGCAUUAUGAGGAAGAGAAUGCGAACCAAUAAAGGUCUCCGUCUGCCAUUCCAGAGGGACGAAGAAGAGACGGAUUUCCAUGACGAUGAUAAUGCUCUGUAAUGUUGUUAAAUUUGUGUUUGUUCACAAAAUUACUAUAAGGUGAAA